AGUGGACUGACUUGGAAGGUGGUGAAAAUAGACGAGAGACAAUUAAAGCAUUGGAAGACUGUUUAAUAAACUAUAAAUAGUGUCUGGAAUUAGUGUUCACUGCAUUAUCACAUUGGCGAUCCUUGCCAUUAAUAGAACUGUGGAAAGGUUUAUGGAAAUUACGUGAAUGUUACAAGGUAAGUGCUAAAUCGCGAAAAAAAACAUUCGAAAAUAUUUUCGUGUUGGAGAAGUGUUGCGGGAAAUGCAGAAAAAAAAAUUAAUCCCACACAGCAAAAAAAAAAAUAAAUAAAUGCAACUCACCCGAUGUAAUUCAUUCCGAUGUACUAAAUAAUCAAUGUAAUAACGAUUCCUAUGUAUGAUUACAUUGUUUUGAUGUAAAAUCUUUUGUUCUUAUGUGUACAUCGUCCGAUGUAAUAUUCAUGCAACCGACGUAUUGAUCGGGUUGCAGCAGUUCAGAUGUAAUAUUACAACAGUUUUUUUUUCCUGUGCAUAAGAGUAUUGCGCCGAGUAAAGCUCAAGGCCAAAACAGUUGAGUCGGGUUAAGCCCAAGGCCAACCAAUAAUUUGUAGUUUGCACCGAGUUUAGCUCAAGGUCAAACAGUUGAGUCGGGUUAAGCCCAAGGCCAACCUAAAAAUAAAAUUUUGAACCGAGUUUUAGCUCAAGGUCAAAGUUAUGUCUAUAAUUGAGUCGGAUUGAGCCCAAGACCAAUAUAUGCUUAAACUGCACGGAGUGUACAAUUGAGUAAAGUUUUAAAACCAUCGUAUAUACAAUUCAGAACAUCAAUUUUUAUUUAUUCUUAAUUUUAAGUUUAUCGUAAAAAAAAAAUAAAUAAAUAAAUAAUAAUAAUGAUAAAAUAUAUGGCCACACUGCACUGCAUGCGCACACAAAUCAUAGAGGGGCUUACAAUGCUAAAAUGGAACAUACGGAAAUGGAAUAUUUUGACGUGCGACUGACAAUCACAAAAACGAGGUAUACAUGUAUUGUGACAUGCUAGAAUACAUUUCGGUAACGGAUUCAACUAAUACGAAUAACAUUCUUCCGGGGAAAACGCAUUGCUUUACUGACAAAAGAGUGAUUAGUGGAUUAAUUACCAGAUGUUUGUGUGUUUUGCAAAAUAUUACACUCACAAAUGUAAUCGUUGGGUCCGUAGUAGGUGAAAAGAAAAAGUGUGCCAGUCGGGAAAAGGAAGGCUUGUGGACAAAUCCGAAGAAAAAUGAGUGGACCGUGGCAAGUGGAAGACAUUUCUUCAAACGAAGAAUCAAGUGACGAGCUGCGAGAUAUUGAGAAUGGAAAUGAGUCGAGAAAAGCCGUGGUGGAAAUCUCUGUGCCGGUUAAUUCUAGUGGUGUUGCAGAACAAUCAGAGGUUAAGCAUGAAAAAGUGGCGUCAAAAUGGCUCGCAGGAUCAUGGCCGCUGCAGCCGUUUGACGAGAACUUGCCACUCAAUAAACGCAAAGCGGAGUGGUUUCGAUUUCGGAAUCAGUUUGAGCGGAUUGUUGCUUGCAAGGAACCCGUCGUACCUGAAAUGCAGUUGGCGGGCUUGAAGAUUUUCGCUGGCACUUAUUUGCUGAGCGUAAUCGAGGUUCAAGAAAAGCUUCUCGCUGGGUCGGAUGAUGUGUAUGCUGCUACGGUCGCAGCGCUGAACAGGUAUUUUGAUCAAACUUGUGACUAUACCAAGGAGAGAAUGAAGUUCCGGGAAAUGCGAAUGGUGGCAUCAGAACCGUUCGUUGAUUGGGUGCUUCGGUUGGAAAACCAGGCAAAAUUUUGCGACUUCGAGGCAGAUCAGCGUAAAGAGGAAUUCACCCAAGCGCUGAUCAGACGCUCGGUGCCAGAAAUCGCAACGAAGCUUUACGAAAUGAGUGAUGUGUUCAACAAUGAUCUCGAACGGCUGAUGGCUCACGGUAGGCACCUCGAUUAUAUCCGGAUGGAAACUGAGGAAGGAAAUCAAGCUGGGAAGGUAGAGUCCGAAAUCAGUGGGGAAGCCGCCUACGGAGAACACGUUGUAAAACCGGUGAAUGGAGUAGCGAGCCAGAGGUUGGCAUCGAGACCGAGGAGUAGUGGCCCUCGUCUUGAAACGCGAUCCGAGAUGGACCGCCCGACCCACAGUAGGGACAACCGUUUCCGUGGUACAGGUUUCCGGGUGCCAACAGCAGCACGUUACAACGCGGCUCAUCAAAACUGUCCCAGAUGUGGAAGAGUUCAUGGUUUCAAGGAGUGCAAAGCUUUUCGGGUGAAAUGCUAUACUUGCGGAAAAGAUGGGCAUUUCUCCGAAUUUUGUUUUUCAAGAACAAAGUUGUUCAUCAGAGCCAGCGGGAACGAGCAGAUCACAAUGCAGCCUACACGACUGCUGGGAAGAUAAAUCAGGUAAAAUAAUUAUCAUUCAAAAGGGUUUCGAAGACUUGACUAUAUUUUUUUUGUUUUUCACAAUAAAUAAAUGAAGACAUGCGAUUAGUUUGAUUAUUGUUUUUAUUUUAUUUUAUUUGUUAUUUGCCCUUAUAGUUGAUAACUGGCAGUUCAUAUCUACCACAAAAUAAUGAGGAUCCCAGACUAGUAUGUUGUAAGAUCGGGGCUGAGGAGUUCCAAUUUCUGGUAGACACGGGUGCCACUGUAAACACCAUUACGACAAAUGGGUGGCAAACAAUUAAACGCAAAUGUCGUUCAGUAGUACACGAUUUUCAGCUGUACCCAGACGAGGUAUUGCGGAGUUAUGCGAAUCAACGGCCACUUGAAGUGGAGUGCUCGUUCAAGGCGCACAUCGGUGUGAAGAAUCGCCCAUUGCGAUUGGCAAAGUUUUUCGUCGUUAAAGGUACUGAUUUAUCGUUGCUCAGCUACGAAACGGCGAAACAACUGCAAUUGGUUCAAAUUGGUCUACAAAAUGUUGCAAGUACGUUCUCCAACAGGACCGACAAAAUGUUGUGUUCAAUCUCCGAUACUAGAUUAGAACCAAAAAUGCUUGAUGUAAGCGUUGCUCCUGACGAGGCGUUUCCGGAGUUUCCUAAAAUCCCCAUUACACCCGUACGGUUUAAGGUCGAUGAUUCGGUAACUCCCAAGCAAAUUAUUCGAUACAACAUCCCGAAGGCAUUCGAAAAUGCUACCAAUGAGAGGUUGAGACUGAUGGAAGAAAGAGGAAUUAUUGAAAGGGCGGACAAGGAACACGACAUUAUAACUUGCGUAUCCCCUUUGGUUUUAGUGCCAAAGGGUUCUUCUGAUUUUCGAAUCGUUGUUGAUUACCGUGAAGUGAACAAGGCCAUUAUUCGGGAACCGUAUCCUAUGCCUUCGCUGGACAAAAUUUGGACGUACAUUCCGAACGGCACGAUGUUGUUCACGAAACUUGACCUAAAGGAUGCAUAUUUCCACAUCGAGCUGGAUGAGGAGGUACGACAUUUUACAACAUUUAUGACAGCUAAUGGAUUAAUGCGGUUCAGAAGGUUGCCGUUCGGGUUAUCAUGCGCCCCAGAACUUUUUCAGCGUGUGAUGGAAAAGCUGCUGAUGAAGUGCAAAUACAUCAUCAUUUAUCUGUACGAUAUUCUGAUUUUUGAGAAAAAUCUACGAGAGCUACGGAACCGUGUUGCAGAAGUAAAAAGAAUAUUGAGCGAAAAUAAUCUCACGGUCAACGAAGAGAAAUCGGUUUACGAUCAGGCUACUGUAGAUUUUCUUGGUUUUACGAUUGAUGGUAGCGGCAUUCUACCAACACAAAAGAAAAUAUCCGACAUCAAAUUGUUUUCGCAGCCAAAGAAUACAUCCGAAGUUCGCAGUUUUCUGGGCCUGCUAACCUACAUUAGCCCGUUCGUCAGGAGUUUCUCGCAUAAAACCAGAUUGCUACGCGGCCUUCUUGCAGAGAACGCGAAAUUUGAGUGGACUGUGCAAUUGCAAGAAUCCUUUGAUCAACUUAAGGCUGAAGUAGAGAACGAUUUGAUCAAGAGAGGGUAUUUCAACGAAAACGAUCGCACCAUCUUAUAUACAGAUGCUUCGCCGUGGGGUCUUGGGGCAAUCUUAGCUCAGGAAGAGAUAAGUUCUGGAGAACGUAGAAUAAUAGCUUGUGCUUCCAAGAGCUUGACAGCUGCAGAAAGCCGGUAUCCGCAGCUACAUCGAGAAGCAUUGGCUAUUAUUUGGGCUAUGGAAAAGUUCGCAUACUACCUCUUGGGACGACGGUUUACGUUACGAUCGGACAACGAAGCACUCCUGUUUAUGACCAAGAACGGGAACCGCAAAGACGUCGGAAUAAGAAUACUGUCACGUGCUGAAGGCUGGAUGUUAAGAAUGGACCAUUUCGUUUAUGAUUUUGAACACGUUUCUGGAAAGGACAAUAUUGCGGACUGCGCAUCAAGAAUUGGUGCAAAACGUGAAAACACGGAAGAAAAUCCACAGUUCGGUAUCGAA